AUGAGCCACAACUGCUGCGAGAGCAGCGUCAACAGCAAGGGUCCUGUCAGCAACGAGAGUCUCCUCAGCACCGAAGGUCUUGUCGGCAACGAGAAUCCCGUCAAUAGCGAGAGCACCGUCACCAGCAACGACAGUCCCGUAGUCAGCGGCAAGAGCACCGUCAACAGCGAGAUUCCCGUCAGCAGCAAAAGCACCGCCAGCAGCGAGAGCACCGUCCGCAGCGCGAAAACUGACACCAAGCUCCAAAAGCACCCACGAGAUGCUGCAAGUGCUUCAGCCGCAGCUAAAUCUUCAACAGCAGUUACAAAUGCGCACUACGAAGUCUUCCAGCAAUACACCGGCGAGAGCUCCAAUAACAGCGCGAGGGGAUCCAACAGCGGCGGCGAGAGCUCCAACAACAGCGCGAUGUGA